AUGGCUUUGGCAGAGGAUAAGACCAGACCAGACAAGCAAAGAGAAAUGAAAAAGAAGCAAGAGUUUCCUACCAAAGAAGGCACAACUGUACCCGGAUUUUAUCAAACAGAUCCGUUGUCUGAACUUCCUGACGUCAAGACGCUUCCUAACGCGAGACACCGGUACGAUAUCCCUGUUAUUAUAUUCCACAACUUACCAACCAGUAGCUCGGGCACUAUACUACUUAGUGAUCUCACGGAAAUCAAACAAAGGACGUGUGUUAAGGCCAAUGAAACUGCUUAUAUUGGAAAUUUACCUCAAUGCAGACUCGAGAAUAAAGCCUUUAGUAAAAAUGAGCUAUUCACCGUCAAAUUGAAACAUAAUUUCGAUUCGUAUUUGAAGAUAUUCCAAGAGUUAGAUAGAGAUAUCGCCAUAGCUCGAAUCAACUUUGAUCUUUAUAAAUACAACAACAAAAACUAUGAAGGUUGGGGCAACAGUUGUCGAAUUGUCUACAAGAAGAAUUUAGCUCGCGAAAUGUUGGGGAUCGAACAAGAAUUUAUAAACUUUAUUGACAGAUUGAAGGCGUGUGUGAGUCGAGAAUACUUUAAAAAACUCGAUCAGCAAUAUGGAUUGAAAGAAUUUGUGAAAACUUUUGGUGUCCUGGAUGAAGAUAUUGAUAAUAUUUCUCAAAAUCCAACGUUUCUACAGAGUCAGACGCCUAAUGAAGAUACGGAUGAGGACAAGACUUUGAACAACUCAGGUGGUUCAUCACCUAUUUCAAGCAUUAACGACGUUAGCUUUAUUCUGAACCCACCAAGCGUACAGAACAAGAAAGAUUCAGUCAUGAUGAAUGUCGAGUCGCAAGUUCCAGCGGUGGAUGACGACGAGGCCUACUCUGACGAGGACUUUGAUGUUGAGGGUUUUGCAACAGCACCGACGCACACAGUAGCUGACAGUUAUUCUAUAUCGCAAGAUAUAGAUGAUGAUAAUGCCCCAGAUGGGGUGUUGGCCACGCAUAAAUCAACUACAGUAUGUCAAUUUGCAACCGUCACCCACCUCAAAAAUACAUGCAAAAGUGACACAAGUCAUAACGACUUGACAACUUAUGUUAUCGAUGUUGUGAAUAGCAUUACCAUGGUGCCCGAGGUUCCCUUGGUGAUUAAACCCUUGGCCAGACAAAGUAUGGAAUUUUCAUCUUUUAAACUUCAUCUAAACGAUUCUAAUGGCAACUAUGUAGCUGCCGAAUUUCUGCACUACGAGCUAUGUCGGUUCCUCGGUAUACAGUCUGUUGAAGAACUUCACCCCAACGACUUGCAAAGAGUGAAGAAGCAAUUUGCCAAGUUGUUGUGUCAAAACGACGUAAAGAAUAUACUGUUGAAACGCAAGACGAAAAUUCUCAAUCGCGGUAUAAAAUUGAAAACUUGGCAUAUAGAGUCAAAACUAGAGGAGUUAGCUUGA